AUGCGGAUGUUGACUGCAGUUAAUACAUUACUGAAACGGGAAUACUCUCUUCUCCAACGUAAUGGAUUCGCUCAGACAGUAGCUCAAAGAACAAACUCCGUUCACCAGACCGAAACAAAAGUUCCGAAAAUACCCCCCUUUAGUUAUUCUCCUUCGCCUUACGACGGUCCUUCCACCGCAGAGAUCAUCGCCAAGCGGCGAGAGUUCCUCAGUCCAGCUCUAUUCCACUUCUACAGUACUCCGUUAAACAUUGUGGAGGGAAAGAUGCAGUACGUAUUCGACGAGACGGGACGGCGAUAUUUAGACGCAUUCGGUGGAAUAGCGACGGUUUCGUGUGGCCAUAGCCACGAGGAAGUAGUUGAAUCCGUCAUCAAACAGUUAAAGAUUAUUCAACACUCCACCACCCUUUACCUUAAUCACACCAUCUCUGAUUUCGCUGAAGCUCUUGUCUCCACUCUCCCCGGAGAUCUCAAGGUUGUGUUUUUCACGAAUUCUGGUACAGAGGCGAAUGAGCUGGCGAUGAUGAUGGCUAGGCUGUACACUGGAUGUAACGACGUGGUUUCACUUAGGAACUCUUACCAUGGUAACGCAGCUGCAACUAUGGGAGCCACUGCUCAGUCCAACUGGAAAUUUAACAUUGUUCAGGUUUUCUUGUUUAUCAUUUCUGUAUAAACAAAAUAUGAUAACUUAAUCACGGUUGCUCAAAAACAAAAAAAAACUUAAUCACUAUAGUCUAGGGAGAUCAUGUAGCUUCAAUUCCAUUUUCAGUUUGGUUUCACUCUUUUU